CCUCGCUCCGCGCCUCUGCCCCAGCGGGGGAGCCGGGAGGAGCCCGGGAAGGGGGGGGGUCACCGGGGUCCUGUCUUGUCGGUAGCGAAGCAACGGUCCAGCCCUGGGGAAAACGGCGUCUUGGCCACUCCCUCGUUCCCGGAGGAGUGGCCAAGACGCUGAUUUCUCCCUGGGCUGGGUGUGCAGCGCCGAGCACCGCUACCGGCACCGGGAGGGCUCGCGGUGGCCCUUGGCCCAUCCCGGCUCCCUCCGGCCACCCAGGCGGCCCCGCUGGACCAUGAACGUGCUGGCUCCGGUCCGCAGGGACAGGGUCAUCGGUGACCUGCCCCCGUGUUUUCGGAAGGAGGCCGCCCUGCAUGCGCGCUCCGCCUUCCACCCCAGCGUGGCCAGCGCCUGCCAGGAGCAGCGGACGGGCACCGUGGGCUUCAAGAUCUCCAAGAUCAUCGUGGUGGGCGACCUCUCGGUGGGGAAGACCUGCUUGAUCAACCGCUUCUGCAAGGACACCUUCGACAAGAACUACAAGGCGACCAUCGGGGUGGAUUUCGAGAUGGAGCGUUUCGAGGUGCUGGGGGUGCCCUUCAGCCUGCAGCUGUGGGACACGGCCGGCCAGGAGCGCUUCAAAUGCAUCGCCUCCACCUACUACCGCGGAGCACAAGCCAUCGUCAUCGUCUUUGAUGUCAAUGAUGUGGCAUCCCUGGAACACACACGGUGGGUGACGUGUGGCCAAGGUGGGACCAGGAAUGAGCGCAUGGGGCGGUGGGGAUGGAUGGAGAGGUGGGAGCUGGGCAGGAGGAUGCCCAAGCGUGCGAGUGAGCGGGUGGCACCUGGCCAUGAGCCACCGGCUGGUGACAGUGGCCCUUGUAGGCAAUGGCUGGCUGAUGCCCUGAAGGAGAACGACCCAUCCAACGUCACUCUCUUCUUGGUGGGCUCCAAGAAGGACCUGAGCACACCAGCGCAGUACAGCGUGAUGGAGAAGGAUGCUCUCAAGGUGGCCCAGGAGAUGCAGGCGGAGUAUUGGGCCGUCUCCUCGCUCACCGGGGAGAACGUACGGGAUUUCUUCUUCCGCGUGGCAGCGCUGACCUUUGAGAGCAGCGUCCUGGCCGAGCUGGAGCGCAGCGGUGCCCGCAAGAUCGGCGACACCGUGCGGAUCAGCAGCAACGAGAGCGACCUGUACCUGCCAGCAGCCCGCAAGAAACCCAAGUGCUGCCAGUGACUGCGCUGCGCUUCCCUCCUCCGGACCAAAGAGGGGUGGACCUGGCUGGCCCCGAGAAGCCCCCCCGGCCCCCCCGGCCCCCAGCUGGGGUGGACAGGAGCACCCAUGUGGCUCCCUUAGCUAUGCAAACCCAGGUACCACUCGCAGG